CGCUCGAAGGCAGGAAAAGUCGAGUUGCAGCGAACGUUGUCAUCGGACGUCGUUUUUUGUUGCCGGAAAGUUUUGCAUUUCCUUUUCCAAAUUCUCGUGCAUUUCCUGAAUUAAAUUGUUCACGUUCGCGGUCCAAGUGCAUCAGCCGUGCAGUGUCCCCGCGUGUCCUGACAGAUUUCGCGCUUGUGUCCGCCCAGGAGUGCAAAAAACCAAAAUCUCGUCCGCGUUGCCUUUGGGCGCAGCCCGUGACGAUAAAACACCAAAGCGACGACAACAACAACUUCACGGCGACGACGACGACCCGACGAGUGGCGACACCUUCCGAUUCCGAGCGACAAUAAAAAGUGCAACAUUUGUGCGUACGUGAAAGCGGCGACGAUCAUUCGGUUGCAUCCGUGCGGGUGUGUGAGUGAGUGUGCAAUAAAGUUGCUGGACGUGCAGAACGCGAAAGGGCGCCCUUGCCUGGCCGCCGUGGAAAAUUUCUGGAGUUGACGUCCUGCGAAAUCGCGGCCCAGGCGACAUCGAGGCUCAACGUGGACGUUGCGUUGUUUUAUUGACGUGUCGAAUGCAGUAGAUGCACAUAGUCGUAAGCUUUCACUCGUCUCUGGUACUAAUUGAAACCGACGGAAAAUUAAAUGACUCGACGAAUAAUCAACAUUCAUUCAUUAUUAUCCAUUGAGAAGUCCAGCUAGUUCGUAUUGCGUAUUUUCUCCGUGGAAUGGAUUGAUUUCAGUGCAUCUACUUUAAAUUAGUAAUCAUCGCAGUCGAGGGUCGAUUCUUCUGAAAGGAAAAAGUUCAAGUGAUUGUGCAUUCCAAAUAUUUCUGAUCGAUCCGAGUGCAGUGAAGCAGCAGAAGAAAGUUUUGAGUUCAUGGUUGAGUUCAUUCAGCUGAAAAAAGAGUGUUUUGUCAAGUUUAUGAAGUGAUAAAUUCGCAGCUUUGCUACACUACAUGUGUUAAUUAUAUUAUGAUAAAAUGAGUGCUCCGAUAUCAGCAACACAACCUCCUGCAUCAGCCACAACACCUCCCGGAUCGGUAGGUGGUGGUAUAGGCAGCGGUACUAACUCCUCGACCAACAACAGUAACAGCACAACGACCAAUGGAAAUGUUGGAUCAGCUCCACCAAUUCCGCCUGCAAAACCGAUUCUCUCCUCACCCGGUUCAUAUAAACAAAAUUUCAUAAAUUCCGCCAAUAUUAAUCUAAGUAGUUCAGGUACAACGGGAACAGUCACGGCUGGCAUUCAUAGCGUGAAUAAGGCCCAUUCCACAAGCGAGAAACCAGCUAUUGCAGCACGACCAAUACCACCGCCGACAUUGCCGAAAUAUUCAACAAGUUUCGGAAAAAUCGAUCGAGAUCGUAACGAAUUUGGCAAGAUAGAUCGAGCCGAACGGGAAAAGGAGGGAAUCGGUGGAUCUUACCGUCUAGCUAGCUUGGAUCGCUUAGCUAGCAGACAACGUCUACUUGAACAAAAUGGCGGUCUUGGGAAUGUGGUUCUUGAAAAAAACGGAAAUCACAAUAAUCAUCAUCAUCAUGAUGGAAUGCCUAUUACAAUACAAUCGAUACAGUCGAAACGAGAGAUGUUCUUCAAGUCAGAUACGCACAGUCCACCGGGACCUCCACCAAAUCCUCCGACUCUUAAUCAUAUUAAUAGUAAUUCUACACAGAAUAACUCCUCAACAAAUAGCACACCUACAGCUAACGAUAAGCAUCAUAUAGCAUUGAACAAUAACAGUACACCACAAAAUCAUACCACAAGUACACAAUUAAAUUCCACCAACACGACAUCAUCGUCUGCAACGCCCAAUUCAAAUGUUAAUAAUUUGGCAAACAAUAUAAACAAUAUGUCGCUCAAGGAAAAACAGCAACAAUUGCUCGAGAAUAAUGGUCAUUCGGAUUCCAAUAAAAUUGCUAUUGAUCGUUACGACAAGGAGAAACAACAGGCUGUGGUUAGACCGAAACCAAAAGAGCUGGAUGGCUACGUUGGUUUCGCCAACCUACCGAAUCAGGUUUAUCGUAAGGCCGUUAAGAAAGGUUUCGAAUUUACAUUGAUGGUUGUCGGUGAAAGUGGCCUAGGAAAAUCAACUCUUAUCAAUUCAAUGUUCUUGUCGGACAUUUACAAUCAGGAUCAACAUCCAGGACCAUCACAUCGUGUCAAAAAAACUGUAGCUGUGGAAACCACGAAAGUUUUGCUCAAAGAAAAUGGUGUCAAUUUAACAUUAACAGUAGUUGAUACACCCGGAUUUGGUGAUGCUGUUGAUAAUAGCAAUUGUUGGGUCCCGAUCAUCGAUUUUGUCGAAUCGAAAUACGAGGAAUAUCUAACAGCUGAAUCACGUGUGCAUCGUAUCGCCAUACCGGAUAAUCGAGUGCAUUCAUGUUUAUAUUUCAUAGCACCAUCCGGACACGGUUUAAAACCACUCGACGUGGAAUUCAUGUCCCGUCUUUGUGACAAAGUCAAUAUUAUUCCGGUUAUUGCCAAAGCCGAUACAAUGACACCCGAAGAGGUUCAACUCUUCAAAAAACAAAUUCUCAACGAAAUAGCUCAACAUAAAAUUAAAAUCUAUGAUUUCCCCGAACCACUAGAGGAUGAGGAAGAAGCCAAAGUCCUACGACAAUUGCGUCAUCGUGUGCCAUUCGCCAUAGUCGGAGCGAAUACCGUGAUUGAAGUCGAAGGGCGUAAGGUACGAGGUCGACGAUAUCCAUGGGGUAUAGCAGAAGUUGAAAACCUGGAGCAUUGCGACUUCAUUGCCUUACGCAAUAUGGUGAUUAGAACUCAUCUGCAGGAUUUGAAAGAUGUUACAAAUAACGUUCACUACGAGAACUAUAGAUGUCGAAAACUGGCUGGUCUCGGAAAUGACGGAAAAACACGCCUCUCGAACAAUUUAUGCCCUCAAGGAAUUAUGAAUAGCUUUAUGACCGUUUGGAAUCCUCUGGCCCAAAUGGAGGAAGAGAAACGCGAGCAUGAGCUCAAAAUGAAGAAAAUGGAAGCCGAAAUGGAACAAGUGUUCGAAAUGAAGGUUAAAGAGAAGAAACAAAAGCUCAAAGAUUCUGAAUUAGAAUUAACACGAAGACACGAAGAAAGGAAGAAGGCCUUGGAAAUUCAAAUUCGUGAACUUGAAGACCGUCGACGAGCGUUCGAGCAGGAGAAAAAAGAGUGGGAGGACUCUAAUGGUAUUACAUUAGACGAAUUGCGAAGGAGGAGUUUAGAAGCAAAUAGCAAAGAGACAGCAUCAAUGACAUCAAGAAGUUCAGAUGAAUCGAAAGGUCGUCGAGUAUUUGGAUCAUUGCUACGUCGUCAUACAAGCUUUGGAGCACCCGAUACUCAUCGGGGCUCAACAGUCACUGCGAAUAAUACAAACAAUACCACAACGUCAAACACUCAAGACCAAAACGACUAAAAUAUGCAAAAAGACAAGCAAUUAAUCGAGAAUAAAACAUUUGCAAUGCGACUUAAACCAGAAAAAGAUAUCGAAAAUCGAAAUAAAAAAAAAAUCUUUGAAUGAAAUAUUACUUUUUUGAGGGAAGAAAAAAGUAAAUUUUUUUAUAUAUUAGAAAUUUUGAAGAUUUUGUUUUGUUGAAGUAAAAGUGGACAACGUUCACUGCAGAUUAUCACAUUUUUACUUAGAAACAAGACACAUUUCUUCUUAUUUUCCGACUAAUACUCUUUUUCAAUUUCAUCACCACGCUUGCUUAGAUUCCGUAAUAUUUUUCGAAGAAUCUCAAUUACGAGUACUUAAUAAAUCAAUUAAUCACAUAAAGAAAUCGCUUUGAAUCUCGAAUAUUUUCUCCAUGACAUUUUUCGUCGACAUUGAUUACAUACAGUAGUUAGUAAGUUGUUGUUAUUGAAGGCAUAUUCGUUACUUAUUUGUUGUGUUCAUGUGCACACACUAAACAUUCAAAUAUCUUUAUAUUUUUAUACUAAUAAAUUGUAAUGAAUAGCAGCUAA